GUCAGUUUAACAUGUCUGAUCUGCAAGAAGAAGGCAAAAAUGCUAUCAAUGCACCGAUGUCCCCUGCUACAACUGAUCUUCAUCCAGAAGAUACAUUACUAGAGGAAAAUGAAGAACGUACCAUGAUAGAUCCCACUUCAAAGGAGGAUGCCAAGUUUAAAGAACUUAUCAAGGUCUUGAUUGACUGGAUAAAUGACGUCCUGGUUGAAGAAAGGAUAAUUGUCAAACAGCUUGAAGAAGACGUCUAUGAUGGGCAAGUGCUACAGAAAUUGCUAGAAAAGCUAGCUGGUCGUAAACUAAAUGUGGCUGAAGUGACACAGUCUGAAAUUGGACAGAAACAGAAACUGCAGACUGUACUGGAGGCUGUCUAUGAUUUACUUCGACCCCAUGGCUGGACGAUCAAAUGGAGUGUGGACCUGAUCCAUGGCAAGAACCUGGUGUCCAUCCUCCACCUGCUGGUAGCUCUGGCUAUGCAUUUCCGGGCUACUAUUCGGCUCCCUGAACAUGUUUCGGUGCAAGUGGUCGUUGUAAAGAAGCGAGAAGGGUUACUUCAGACGGCCCAUGUGACCGAGGAGAUCACUACUACAACUGAAAUGAUGAUGGGAAGGUUUGAACGAGAUGCCUUUGACACACUCUUUGACCAUGCCCCAGAUAAACUAAGUGUGGUAAAAAAGUCCUUGAUCACUUUUGUAAACAAGCACUUAAACAAGCUGAAUUUGGAGGUGUCGGAAUUAGAAAGCCAGUUUGCAGAUGGCGUCUACUUGGUGCUACUGAUGGGCCUCCUUGAAGAUUAUUUUGUUCCUCUACAUCACUUCUUCUUAACGCCUGAAAGUUUGGAUCAGAAGGUUCACAAUGUCUCCUUUGCUUUUGAGCUGAUGCAAGAUGCCGGGCUCAAGAAACCAAAAGCGCAACCGGAAGAUGUCGUCAACCUGGAUCUCAAGUCCACCCUGAGGGUUUUAUACAACUUAUUCACGAAGUACAAGAAUGCAGAGUGAAUGAAGUUCUCCAGAGACUGCAAGGAGUGUGACAGGAAACUGCUUUUGAUUUUUUCCUUCCUAUGUUUUGUUGUAUUUCCAGUCAGUUUCCUAACUUGGUGGCUUUCAGUUGGGUCGGUAGGCAAUUCCUAUUAUCUCAAGUGAGUGAGACCGGUUCAAGAAUGAAAGCUGUUGUCCAAUAAUCUGGAACCAACCAGGUUGGGAACGGCUGAUUUCUGUUUGCUUUUUGUGUUGUAAACCCCUCCGUGCUCUGAGCCCAUUUGGAAAUGAAAUUUUGCUCCCUGGAAUAUCCGUGUUCUACUUUCGCCUGCCGCAGAAUUGUUCCUUACAAUCUUCUCUGUUGCGCGAAAGUGCCUUAUUCCAGCAGUGGGGGGGGGGUUGCAAAUGGCCUGGCAUUGUUGAGAAGAAAGUGCCCUAUCUGGAGCUUGGCAUAGGUUUAGUCUGAGCUCCACAUCUCACUUCUGAACAUGUUUUGAUAAACUGCUCCAGUCCCAUCACCUUAAGAGUGUAAUGGAAGUAACACUGAAUUUCCUGGCAAGGUCAUUGCAAAGGACAAAACCUUAUAGGAAUGCCAAUUGUGACGUGGCAGCUGGUUUUUAAAAAUGUAUUCUGGAUGAGAAUGAUAAGAGAGCCCUUUGGGAAAAGAGAGCUCCCGUUUUCCAGAUUUUACAGGAGUGAUUUUAUCUCCUUUUUGCCGUGAUUUAGACACAUCUAGGCUUUCUUUUUCAUCUUUUGGGGGGGGGGCUCCAAUCUAAGGCUGUUUUCUAAAUCUUUGACUGCGUUGCUUCCUUUUUGAUUUCAUCUUAUCCCAGGACUUCACUCCGUAUAUUGUAAAUCUCUGAUGGCAUAGUUGCCUGUUUUGAAUAAAAUAGAUCUUUUCUGA